AGUAUUAUGGGCUGUGUGGAAUUCUGAAGCUAGAGCAGGCGGACCGGACUCGCGCUCACGGCUAGCUACGCUGCAAGCUAACGGUAGACGAAGGUAAACAUGGAGCUGUCGGCUGUCGGAGAGAGGGUGUUCGCGGCCGAAUCGAUCAUCAAGAGACGAAUACGACGGGGUCGAAUGGAAUAUCUUGUGAAAUGGAAGGGCUGGUCACCCAAGUACAGUACUUGGGAACCGGAGGAAAAUAUCCUAGACUCACGCCUAUUCGUUGCAUUUGAAGAGAGGGAGCGCGAGAGAGAAAUAUUUGGACCCAAGAAAAGAGGACCUAAGCUCAAGACUUUUCUUCUAAAGGCCCAAGCUAAAGAAAAGGCAAAGUCUUACGAAUUCCGUAACGAAUCGUCCAGAGGCAUUGCGUAUCCCGGUUCAGAGCCUGUGGCAGCCCCUAGAGCGAGAGAAGGACUGCGUGCUGUGGUUCCCACAAUUUUCCCUCCUAGCACAGUAAACCGAGGGGAGAGUGUAAGAAUUUCACCUCCAGAACCAAGGGAGCAUCGUUCUCCUCACUCACCCAGACCGGGCGCUGAUGAUUUUACCCUCACUCCAAAAAAGAGAGGACGAAAGCCCAAAUUACGAUUCACAGAUGUCUAUACAAGCUCCUUGCAUCCAGAGCAUUCGAAAAGAGCGGCAGAUGAAACCAUGGCAAGCAUUCCUUCCAAAAUGGCCAAGUUAGGUUUGGGAGGAGAAGAAGAAGAGAGGUGCUCAGAAAUAAGCGGGAGAAUUAAGAUAUCUCAUAAGCACAUGGAUGCUACCUACACGCACAAGCAAAACAGGGCUGUCCCGAGCAGGAGCACCCAGCACAUUUCUCCAGAGUGGAGCUUGCAUUCCAGCAGAGUUAGUGCAGACUUACAGUGCCACAGGACUAAUCCACAGACGAGCCACUUUCACCACAAACACCUGAAACACCUUUCAAAGAGAAGGACAUUCGAACACGCCGACUCCACCGGCAGACAGCCUUCGCUUAUUGCCAAAAUUCCAGUGUCGCGCAUAUUUGGAGAGCCGGAGGAGGGAGACGCUUGGGCGCCCUCCUUCAGCAAUGUGGAGAAAGUCAUAGUUACUGACGUGACAUCGAACUUCCUGACUGUAACCAUCAAAGAGAGUAGCACAGAUAAAGGCUUCUUUAAAGACAAAAGAUGAUUAUUUCACUGCCGCCGGUAUGCUCCUUCAGAAGUCUUUUAUUGUCGAAAAUAUUCUGUGUAUUGUACAAAAAAAAUGGUCACACUGAAAUCUGUAUUUAUUGUGAAAUUGCUGCUUUAAGAAAGUUGCAUGCACUAGACACCAUAAACAAAGUCAGAACUUCGUUCAAAAUACAUGAACGAGUACUCCGAUCAUUUGUUGUAAGUAUUAUUACAAACUGUUUACCUAUAAAUAUAUAAAAGUAUAAUUUGUCACCCAGGCGAAUAUUAAAACAUUUAUGUACAGAUUAAGACAUUUUGCACACUUUUUUUGUUUUGCGCCAUAUCAUUACUUUUCAAUUGUAUUUUACGUUGAUUUUGUCAGUGGAUGUUGCCAGUUAACUUGUCCAGCCACAUUAACAAUAUACACAUAUAAAAGUGUUCAAUGAAAAUCUAAUUUUCAUCUCAAAGUAAAAAGUAAAGUGUAGAAUAAUGAACAUG